AUGACUUCCGUGUCCCAACAAUCACAAAACCCAAGCCAGGCCUCCCACAGCUCCAGCGCGUCGCAGUCCACCGUGUCUUACGCUAACGCAGCAAAGGCAGUCUCGUCGCCACCCAUCGCGACGGGCUCCUCGACUCCUUCUCCCGCCGUGGCUGUCGGUGGUUCUGCGCCGGUACAACAUGGAAAGACUUCUUCGAUCUCGCCGGUGAAUGGCAGAUCCUCGAUUCCUCCUGCGGUACCGGCAGUUUCUGCUGCACCUGCUAUCGCACAUAGCAGUGCUGUAGCUAAUGGUAGUGCUAUGGAUCAUAGCCGCAAGAGUUCAGUGACCAUCAGCGCGACUGGACCCAACGGUUUCGUACCCAAUGGUGGCCCAGUUGGCGGUUCUAAGAGUAGCAUCCAAUUUGGAUCCAUCACCGAUUCCCCUGCUGCGUCCCACAGCACUCCUCAGGUUGCGCAAACAACGUCUUCUGCGCCCAUCUCAAUUCCCAGCAAUCCCAAGGUGAUAUCCCCAUCGCAAUCACCUACCCCGAUCCCGCAACCUUCUGCUAGCGGUGGAAGACCACCUUCCGGUUUGGCUGGACAAGGCAAUGGGGUGACUUUUGGUUCUCUCGGCGGCGAUGGCGAUCGUCACAUGAGACAAGCAUCUGGCACUCAAGGUCCUCUUGCUCCCGGCAACCAACAAUCUGGCCAUCUCCGUCGCGAAUCGUCGCAAUCUAUACAAGGUGAAAUGAGCGGCAACCAGGGUACUGGUGCAGGUCCCGGACGCGGUAAUUUCCCUCCACAAGGUCGAGGCCGCGGCAACUACAACAAUUCCCAAUUCCAGCAGCAGCAGCAAAUGGGCUACCCUCCUGGAAACAACUCACAAUUUAGGAACUCGAGUCAGGGUCGCGGUGCGAUGGCUCCCCCUUUCCAAGGACAAGGCCGCAUGCCCAACUACCCUAAUUCGCCACACCAAGCUGCUCGAAGUCCAGCUCUGGCGCCCUCUUUGCCCGGUACACCCAACAUGAACCCGGUAAUGCCAAUGCAGAACCCCCAGCAGUAUGGAGGAUAUGGAGGAUACCCCCAGAUGCAGGGCCAAGCAGUAAAGAACCCUUCUUCUUCAAACCAUCAGUCAGAUUUUUCGGGCAACAAAUUCAACAACAAUAGAGGCAAUAAGGGUGGCAAAAGUUGGGCUGCGCGAAAUAAUGAGAAGUACUCAUCAGGGCGACAGCGAAACCAAAGAGAUUCUUCCCAGGAAAUCUACGGUCACCAGUACAUGUCGCGCGAGCACACCCAGCCGUUGCAAACAGAGCGAGAUAGUUACGAUCAGAGCGAUAUGAGGAACUUCACGAUGCCUGCGGAGCCUGCUGGUCGUGAUCAUUCCAUGCAAUCGCCGCGUGGCAAUGAAUCACCUCCCUCAGCUCACUUGGAACGUCGAGCUUCUUCUGCUGAUCAAUCUGCUCUACCCCCUCUCCCUCCCCCUCUUGUUGGCGUUCCGCGAUUUGACGUGCAUUCUAUCGAUCUUUCCCCUGCGAGUGUCGAUUUUGAAAGAUUUCUAACUAUGCAACAGGGCGGCUAUCCUAACUACCAGGCUCAAGGUUUCGACCCUCGAGGUAUGCCUAUGACAGGCACUCCCUUCAUGUAUCCUGCGAUGCAGUUCAUGCAACCUGGUCCCCCACAAUCCCCCCAACCCGGCUAUCAACAACCAAACGCCUACAUCCCUGGACAAUAUGCACCUCAAACGCAGCCAAUGUCGCGAAACUCUUCACAGAUGUCCGCCGAUCAGAGACCAGCUUCCAGCAUGGGCCAGCCUCAAACUCCUUCCAUGACACCGUCGGUUUCUCAUCCUCAUACUCCACAGGCAGCAGCAAAGGCUACCGCCUCACAAUCCAACUCUUUCUCGAGACCUGCACGAAAGAGUGCUGCUAUUGUAAUCAAAAGACCUGACGGUGAAGCACUAGAUGUGGAGGCUUUCAAGGCUCCCGCUUCCCCAGCACCAAGCAACCGAACCAGAACACCUCCCGUAAUUGCUUCAACACCCACACCUCCACCAAAGUCGUCGACUCCUCAACAUUCUCGCAAUGACAGCGCUGCUGUUAAGAGCAAAGAGCAGAUCCAGAAAGAAGUUUUAGAAGCUGUCAAGCAAAAAGCUGCCGCUGAAAAGUCAGACAAAGCUGCUGACAAUCAAGCUAAAGCGGAUGAAGCUGCAAAGGCCGCCGAGGACAAGUCGAAGGAUGAAGCAAAGAUAAAGGCAGAUGCUGAGGCUAAGGCAGCAGAAGAUGCUAAGGCGGCUAAGGCUAAGGAGGAAGCCGAUGCGAAAGCCGCUGCCGACAAGGUUAAGCAAGACGAGGAAGAAGAAUUAGAACGUCAAAUUCGCGAGAUAGAGGAAGAAGAGGCCGCGCGAGAGAAGAAGGAGGCUGAGAUACUUGCAAAGCGAGAUGCUGAGAAGGCUGCCGCCGAAAAGGAAAAUGCAGUCAAGCGUAAACAACAAGACGAGGAGAACGAUCGUAAGCUCAAGGAACAAGAGCGUGAGAUGGAGCGUCUCGAAGAUGAGUGGGAGCAGAAGAGGAAAGAGGCUGAGGCCAAGGGUAGUGAGAAGGUCGACAUUCAAGCUGAGCUCAAAAAGGAUAUCAAGUCUCUGAGCAAGGAUAAUGACAAGAACACGCCUGCAACGCCAUCUACUUUGGCCUCGAAGCUCUCCAACCUUACCCUCGGGACUGAAAGUGGAGCCUCAACUCCAGCUUCUGAUGAUUCUAUGGGCCCACCCCCUAAAGUCAAUGCUUCAGAGAAGCGCGGCAAACCGGCUGCUCUUAACUUGGCACCGCUCAAUACAAAGCCCGUUGAGGCACCGCAACCAAGUGCUGCUCUACAGUCGCUCAAGUCGGCUCGAUUCUUGACUGCUAUCAACCCUGCUUUGUAUCCCACCAACAUUAAUUCUCCUAAUCCAGCUCUGAACACCGCUGUCACGAACAAGGGCAAGAAUUUCAAGUACGACAAGGAGUUCUUGCUCCAAUUCCAAAAGGUCUUUACUGAAAAGCCGUCACUAGAGUUUGAGUCUCAGAUCAAGCAUCUUAUUGGAGAAGGUGACGGAGGUUCAGCUAGAUCAGCAUCGACGAGAACUACUGGAAUGGGUCCAAGACAGGGCUCCGCCAGGAAUAACGCUCCUGGGGCUUUUGCCAUGGGACAAUUUGGCGCCGUGGGUGGCAAGACUUUACCGCCUGGUACGACUUCGGAUCAACGUUUUGCGAUGGCGCAAGGCACGAUGGCACGACCUCCAAUUGCAACAAUGAAUUCAAUGAAUUCACUUCCUCGUAUGGGUGGUGGAUCCUUCCCAGGUGGCAAUGCAAUGUCGCGCCAAAGUUCUCAGUACAACAUGCCAAACUCUCCUCGGCAACCGAGCAAAUCUCAGCGCAAUAACAGCAGGCCCCACGGGCACCCCCCCAACGCCAAAGCUGAAGCUCAAGCCGCAAAGACCAUGCCACUCACAGCCGGUAUGGAUCUUAAGCCCAUCCAAGUAUCUGCUUCUGGAUGGAAGCCUCGCAGCAUUGGUAAUCAAGCUGCAACUGGCGCAGCCGGCCCUGCUCCUGGCGCAUCUGGUGCUUCUGGUCAUAUGGAGCCCGACAUGGUUCAACGAAAGGUGAAGGCUGCAUUGAACAAAAUGACUCCCGAGAAGUUUGACAAGAUCGCAGAUCAAAUUCUCGCCAUUGCUGCUCAAUCUAAAGAUGAGGCUGACGGACGCACUCUUCGACAAGUUAUUCAACUCACCUUUGAGAAAGCCACCGAUGAGGCUCACUGGGCUUCUAUGUAUGCUAAAUUUUGCAAGCGGAUGUUGGAGACAAUGAGCCCCGAUAUCAAAGACGAGAGCAUUCUCGACAAAAAUGGCAACAUCGUUUCCGGAGGCAACCUUUUCCGAAAGUAUUUACUCAACAGGUGUCAAGAAGAAUUCGAGCGAGGUUGGAAGAUGGAUCUGCCCGACAAGCCUGAAGGUGAACGUGGCGAAGAGAAGUCGGGCGAGGCUGCUAUGCUCUCUGAAGAAUACUACAUUGCUGCCGGUGCAAAGCGUCGUGGUCUUGGUCUUGUGCAGUUCAUUGGUGAGCUCUACAAGCUUAGUAUGCUUACGGAGCGUAUCAUGCACGAGUGUGUGAAGAAGCUUGUGGACUACACUGGUAUUCCUGAUGAAGCUGAAAUUGAAUCAUUGACCAAGCUCCUCAAAACCAUCGGUGCCAACUUGGACAGUACCGAGAAGGGCAAGCCUAUGAUGGACGUCUAUUUCUCCCGAAUCGAGGCACUGGUUGUGACGCCAGAUCUUCCCAGCCGUCUGAGAUUUAUGUUGAUGGACAUUGUCGAUCUCCGGAAGAAGCGUUGGCAAUCAAAGGAACAGAACAAGGGUCCCAAGACACUCGAGGAGGUCCGAGCCGAGGCCGAAGCCGCAGCUGCACAAAAAGCCGCAGAGAAUGCUCGUGGUAGCCAGCGUGGAGGUGGUGGUGGAGGUGGUGGUGGUGGACGUAUGCAAAUGGGUCGUGGUGAUUCGCGAAAUUUCUCGAAUCAAUAUGGAAAUCAACCUCCUGUCGACUAUCAGAAGAACACCGUUGGUAUGGAUGACUUGCGUCGCUUGACCAACAAAAACAGUACAAACAGACACUCGAGCCAACAGAUGUCGUUUGGGCCUACCUCGAUGUUUUCUUCUCGAAGCAAUAGCAGGCAAAACAAGAUGGGCCCUGGUGGCUCAUUGGGCAGAGCAGGUGAAGACUCGGGAGCUUCAUCGAGAACUGGCACACCCCCUCAACAAAAGGAAAAGGAGUCGGCUACUUCCGCAAAUGCAUUCAGUCUCCUUGCAGGGUUAGGAUCAGGAGAAGCCGAGAACCCAGCCUCUCCACCUUCGACAUCUGUCUCCCCAGCAUUGUCCAAGGCGACUCCUGCACCAGCAGACAAGUCUGAAGACAAGAAGGACACCGAGUCUUGA